AUGUUCCCGUACCCGUCAGGAAUGCUGCACAUGGGGCAUGUGCGUGUAUACACAAUCAGCGACACGCUGUCGCGGUUCCACCGGAUGACCGGCAAGCACGUGCUGCACCCGAUGGGCUGGGAUGCGUUUGGGCUGCCGGCAGAGAACGCUGCGAUCGAGCGCAAUGUUGCUCCUGGCGACUGGACGAAGCGCAACAUUGCGGCGAUGAAAGAGCAACUGGAGACAAUUCUGACCGACUUCAACUGGGACCGCGAGCUGGCGACAUGCGAUCCAGAGUACUACAAAUGGACGCAGCAUAUAUUCCUGCAGCUGUUCAACAACGACAUGGUGUAUCGGAAAGAGGCUGUUGUCAACUGGGACCCAGUCGACCAGACAGUGCUGGCGAACGAACAGGUCGACAAGAACGGGCGGUCGUGGAGAUCGGGUGCUGUGGUUGAGCAGCGCAAGCUCAAGCAGUGGUUCGCCAAGAUCACUGACUAUGCCGAGGACCUGCUCAAGGACCUGGAGGGUCUGGACUGGCCCGAGCAUGUAAAGAGCAUGCAGUCGAACUGGAUCGGCCGGUCUGAGGGCGCAGAGUUUUCGUUCAGCCUCAUCCAAGAAGGUAGCUCAGAGCUGCCUGCUGACUCGAUCAGCGUGUUUACCAGUCGUCCCGACACGCUGUUUGGUGUGUCCUACCUGGCCAUUGCCGCUGAUCACCCGCUUGUAUCGGCAGAGUACCUGCCCAAAGACCGGGCGGAUGAGGUGGUGAGGCGUGCUAAAGAGAUCAGCAGCAGUCUGGCUGGUGGUGGUGACCGUGCCGCGCAGGGAUCAAAGGCUGGUGUGUUUACUGGAUUGUACGCCAAGCAUCCACUUGACCCAGCGCGCAAGGUGCCAGUCUACAUUGCGGACUACGUGCUGUCGACCUACGGUACCGGUGCAGUGAUGGGUGUACCAGCCCAUGACAUUCGCGACUACGAGUUCUCCCAGGCGAACAGAAUUGAAAUCGGCAAUGCCGUAGUGGAGCCCAGCAGUCCCUCUGAUGGCAGUGCUGCUCCGAGUGGCGAGCUCCCAGUAUUCACCAAUCUGGGGGUCUUGCGGCGUGUGCCAGAGAACGGGCCCUUUGGUGGUAUGACCAGCGAGGACGCAAUGAAGGCGGUUGUCGCUGCAGCCUCCAAGACCGGCGCUGGUAAGGCUGUAGUCAACUACCGGCUACGCGACUGGCUCCUGUCGCGACAGCGCUAUUGGGGUGCACCGGUCCCGAUCAUCCACUGUGAGUCGUGCGGUGUAGUGCCAGUGCCCGAGAAGGACCUGCCCGUGGAGCUCCCGUCCAAUGUGCAGCUGUCGGGGCGUGGCGGUAGCCCGCUGGCAAGGGCAGCCGACUGGGUCAACUGCAAAUGCCCCAAGUGCAAUGGUGCGGCGAAGCGCGAUACCGAUACCCUGGACACGUUUGUCGAUUCGUCAUGGUACUUUUUGCGCUACGCUGAUGCCCAAAAUGCGGCAAAGCCGUUCAGCGCAGCAAAGGCGACUGCUGCUAUGCCAGUUGAUAUCUACAUUGGCGGUGUCGAGCACGCCAUCCUGCAUCUGCUGUACUCGCGGUUUAUCAGCAAGUUCCUGUGGAAGACUGGCGCGUACGGGGAGACGAGCAGUGGGGCUCGUAAUGGCGAGCCAUUCAAGCGGCUGCUGACGCAGGGAAUGGCUGGCAAUGGAGCGAGGAUCAUCGCGACUGGCGAGGCACCGGCUGUAUCCUACGAGAAAAUGUCCAAGUCCAAGUACAAUGGCGUGGAUCCAACCGAGACAGUGGCGAAAUACGGAGCCGACGCAACUCGCCUACAUAUGCUGUAUCUGGCGCCGCCACAGGACGUGCUGGAGUGGGACACACAGAGCAUCGUCGGUAUGCAGCGGUGGAUCAACCGCCUUGGCCGUCUGGUAGACAGUGCUGCAGAGAAUGCACCCAAGCAGAGCUGGCUGCAGUGCGUAGGUGAGCGCGCCAGAUGGAGCAAGGAAGCGCAGGAGACAUACAGGCAGACGAAUGUGGCCGUGCAGCGCGCCAGCGAGUCCCUAAGCGGCUCGUUUGCGUUCAACACGGCGAUUGCAGCGCUGAUCGAACUGUCAAACUACCUGGCGACGGUGAAGGACACAUCGCACGCGACAUUUGCGUAUGGCAUUGCGAGCCUGGUCAAGAUGGUCAGCCCAUUCGCGCCCAGCGUCGGCGAGGAGCUGUGGGAGGUGCUCGGCAAGGCUGGGUUCCUGACAGCUGCCGAUCUGGCGACCAGCGCUGGCGGUGGCGUGUUUGCGCAGAGCUGGCCUGAUGUCGACCAGUCCGCACUCAGGAAGCUUAGUGUAACCAUCGUGGUGCAGAUCAACGGCAAGGUGCGGUUCAGGCUUGAGGACGCCGAGCCCGACCAGGACAAGGAGAGUAUCCUUGCAACCAUCAUGGAGCAGCCGCAGGCCAAGAAAUGGCUACGCUCUGACGACGGCACACCGAAGCAAGUUGUCAAGACCAUCCACGUGCCCAACAAGCUCAUAAACAUCAUCGUUGCAAAAUAA